ACUUCCGCUGUAAACAAUAGUUGCGUCAGACAUAUCUAUCUAUCACUUUCAUAUUUUUCGCCUUUGUAGUUUUACGCAACAUGAAUGCAAACGACAUAUUUAAAGGAUUAUUUGGCUUUCCACGUGAAAGAGAUAGGCACUACAGGACAAGUGAUGAUGAUAUUUUUGGUGAUGAAGAUGAGUUUGAUUUGACUGGGGAUAUCAUGGAUGGCUUAGGUGACUUCAACCAGCCGUUUGGCUUCCAUGAAAACGAGCAGGAAUUUGGACCCCACAGUCACAUGCACUUUUUUACAGAAGCACAAGAAAUGUUUCGCCACUUUGAGGACAUAUUUAGGAACCUGGGUCUUGCAGAAUUUCCACCCAUACGACAUGAGGUUCCUUCCUUCCACCCACCUGUAUGGGCUAUCCCAGGAAGUGAUGGCAGUGAGGGCCAAGCCCCAAGGGAUAGCAUGCUGAAAGUGCCGGAUGGACCUAGCCAUGAAACUGUCCGAGUUAUGCCAUUCGCUUUUAGUGACAAGUGGGGCAGCUUACCAGGCCCUACGAAACCACAGUUGAAAAUUGAUACAGAUAUCGAUGACAAGGUGUCUGAGGGCAACCUUGACAGCAUCUUAAAGAGUUCUGGCACGGUGAAAUCUCCCUCUUGCAGCCAACCGCGGCAGAAUCAAUACUUCCGCAGUGUAAAGAUCAUCAGGAAACGUGGACCGGAUGGAAGGAUUGAAGAGACAAGAACAGUACGGGAUGGAGAGGGCAAUGAAGAGACUGUCACCACACAGACACUAGGCGAUGGGUCCUGCAGUGUUACUACCCAUGAAGACAAGAAAGGAGAUUCAGAUACCAGAGAUCGUCUCUCAGAGUUUGGCGAAGCAUGGAUGCAUCCUCAGGUAGCACCGGAAAUCCCACAAAGAAUUCCAAUAUGGAGGCCUGAAUAUCUACCAAAGAUGGAACCCCUGAUGCCCAGUGCUCCCUUAAAGGACCAAGAGGCAGACACACUGUAUUCGAAAUUCUUUGGUCCAAAGCCACCUCUGCAGGAAAACCAUUGGAGCUCAAGUGAAAAUUCAAAUCAAUCUUUCCUGAAGAGGUUAUUAAGGUGGUAAUGGUAGAAUAUCAACAGCCACUCGCUAUAACUAUACCUGUAUACAAUACAGAAAAUGGGAGUUUUGCUGCUCUGGCACAAAGUCAAUAGGCAGUGUGACUCUUUAACACAUUGUUCAGCGCCUUGCUUUUCUUUCAACAUGCCUUCAUAUACUAAACUUAGAACGUGCCGACUUAAAACUACUAAUGCCCAAUGGCUUUUGAAAACCAACAAUUACAAAAUGUGGUCAGUUCAUCAGAUAUACAAGAUAUAAAAACCUCUGAUAGCUGAAUUUAUUAAUGAAAAGCCUUUUUAUUUUUCCCAUUGUAAUAGGCAGAUGUAAAAAAUUUGGCAUGGUAAGCUUAGACAUUUGUUUAAUUGUACAAAGUAAAUAUCCUCUUAUAAACAAAGAAGACAGCUGAGCAAUAGCCAAGCAUAAUGACUGGCAAAUUGAAUAUCCUGUUUUAGUUAAACAUGUAACAAUAUACAUUUAGUAUGAACAGAGUUUUCUCCACAAAUUGAUGUUACUAAAAGAUGUGGAUAAUUGUCAUAGCAACAAAAUCUUGUGGAGGGGGGGGGUAAUCACAAUUAUUACCAUUGUCACGAGCAUGCAAACUGUAUGCUGAAGAGAAGUACUCAAGUUGUCAUUAUACACUUUUAUAAAGGUAUUUAAAUGAUAAAAAUCUUGUUUUGUAUACUUGUAGUUGGUCAUGAGUAUGCAGUUGUGGAAAUUAACAAUUGUGAAUGGCUUAUUAAUAUGUUUGUUAUGAAAAUUAUGGAUUAAAAUAUUGUUGUUUUAAA